AUGGCAGCUAUUGAUAUGCCAUCAUCUUCUCCAGUAUUUCAAAACCUCGAUCAUCUUAUAAUUGAGUUUGUAUCAUUUAAUACAACAGCACAGAGAAAUGAAUUGGAUUUAAUUCAUAAGAUGGAUCAAGAAGUACGUGCCAACAAUAUUAUGCGUUUCAUUGAUUUGAGUCAAAUAACAAAAUUAGAAUUUCGAUCAACGAACGUUAUAAAUCAAUUAUAUGUUAUUAAACGAAUCUUAUUAACAAGUCCAAAGUCGAUUCAUCUUGUGAUUGGUACUCCGUUGCUUCUUCAUACAACAUUAUUUGACAAUUCUUUACUUAUACCUGUUUUUAGUCAACUGCAAGCAUUGUAUAUGAUACCGGAAAAUGUCUGUUUUCCUGUUGAAUAUGCAUCGAAAUUAGUCGAACGGUUUCCAUCAUUAGUUCACGUUGAACUCCGAACAACUUGCCUUGGUACAGAUGCAUUACUUGUUGAUACUCUUCUUCGUGGUUUGGCUAAAUUGAUUCAUUUAAAAAUAUUUUUUACCUAUAAACUAUAUAUCGAUGGAACAUGUUCAGUCGAUUAUGUUAUAGAAAGGCGUCGUCAAGCAUUUCCAUUUAAUAUUUGCAACAAAGAUGAAGUUCUUGGCAAAAAUUGA